UCUACUUUCCGCUACAGCAGAGUAUCACGACGUCAUAUCUUUUCGUGGUUUCUAACGUUGAACUCUCAUUUAACACAGUUUUUGAGCAGCAGUGUCUUUGACGAAGAUGGGUUGUUGUGGAAAAAAUAGCGACGAUGAAAGGACUGAUAAUGUGGAGAUGAAAGGAGGGGAUAAGAGAGGCGGAAAAGCUGGCAAGUGGGGAAAUCCUAAACCAUUUGAUCCAACAUUUAAUGGGCCGAUAAAAAACAGGAGCUGCACUGACUGUAUAUGUUGCAUUCUCUUUGUUCUUUACAUUGUUGGCAUGAUAGCCGUGGGAAUUGUAGCAUAUAUAAAAGGUAAUCCAUACAAGCUGCUGAAUUCUGUUGAUUCUGAUGGAAAUAUCUGUGGUUACGAUGAGAUUGUCAAGGAUCGGCCUAAACUGGUUUUCUUUGACUUGACGGAAUGUCUUCCUGCAGUCACUCAAGUUGCAACAAAUCUCUUUGGGGCAUCUUGUCCCACAAAACAGCGCUGUGUGAAGAGUUGCCCUGACAAAAAUGCUUUUGCACUCACUGGGAAUGUAUCAGACCUUGUUUGUGACUAUGACAUUGAUGUCAACAGUUUAAAUCCAUCUUAUCAGGAGCGCUUAGACUUAAUCAGAAACAAGAGGUGUGCUCCAUAUAUCCUCAAAAGUUCUGAUGUCCUGAACCGUUGCAUACCAACACUAGUUGGAGAUGCAUUAACAACCAGUUUGGGAGAUCAGCUGCAAUCAGCAGAUGGAUCAAAUGUCACUGCUGAAGAAGUAAAAGAAGGAUCUCUAGCUGUUCAGGCAUUGCUGAACCUGCAGAACCUCGGUCAGAAGAUCAUACAAGAUGUGCAGGAAUCCUGGUACUGGAUUCUGGCAGCCAUGGGAAUUGCAAUGGUGGCUUCUUUCUUGUAUAUUAUUGUCAUGAGGUGGAUUGCUGGACUUGUGGUGUGGGUGACCAUCUAUGCUGUUUUGACUGCACUUGGCUUCUCUGUUUAUUAUUCAUGGACAAAGUACAAAGAACUGUCAUCCAACUCUGGUAACACCACAAUCACUGUUCUGAGCGUGUCCACUGGUCUUGAUUCAUAUGCUAACAGUGAAAAAACUUGGUACUGGCUGACUAUUAUUCUUGGGGUUAUCCUUGGAAUUCUGGUGUUGAUUCUGCUGGCUUUAUACAAGAGGAUUUCUAUUGCAAUUCAGAUCAUCAAAGAGGGAAGCAGGGCUGUAUCUGCCAUGCCAUUUAGUCUGUUUUUCCCUGUUAUUCCUUGGCUGCUCCAGAUCAUACUGUUUGGAUGGUUUGUUGGUGUCUUAGCCUUCCUUGUCACUGCUGGUGAUCCACAGUACCAAGUUGUGUCCAACGACACUCAAAAUGGACAAGUGUGUACUCAGGAAAUAAAAGAUGCAAUAGGAUCUGCCAGCAACUAUACAUGCAAUUUUGUGGACUUUGCAAACGAUGACCAUUUGUUCCGCAUGCAAAUCUACCAUCUGUUUGGCUGGUUCUGGCUCAUGAAUUUCAUCAUUGCCCUAGGCCAGUGUGCACUGGCAGGUGCAUUUGCCUCCUAUUACUGGGCUUGGGACAAGAAGACGGACAUACCCAAAUUUGCAGUGACAGCAUCAUUCUUCCGAACUCUAAGGUACCAUACUGGUUCACUGGCCUUCGGGUCUCUUAUCAUUGCCAUCGUUCAGUUGAUCCGAGCAGCACUGGAGUACAUCGAUCACAAGCUCAGAGGGCCUGGAGAGCAAAGUGAAAUUACUAAGUACAUCAUAAAGUGCCUUAAAUGCUGCUUUUGGUGUUUGGAGAAGUUCCUGAAAUUUCUCAACAAGAAUGCCUACAUUAUGAUUGCAGUACACGGCAAGAAUUUUUGCGUCUCAGCAAAAGAUGCUUUUUUCCUCCUGAUGAGAAAUAUUUUGAGAGUCGCCGUAUUGGACAAAGUAACGGACUUUGUUCUGUUUCUUGGUCAGUUGACUAUUGCUGCAGGCCUAGGUAUUGGGAGCUUCUAUUGGUUCGAACGACAAGAAAACCUCAACUAUUACUUGGCCCCUGUCAUUAUCAUCGUUGUUGGCGCCUACAUGAUAGCAUCAGCUUUCUUCAGUGUCUACAACAUGGCUAUUGAUACGGUCUUCCUUUCAUUCUUGGAGGAUUCUGAGCGAAAUGACGGCUCCCCGGAAAAGCCAUACUACAUGAGCAAGUCCCUGAGGAAGAUAAUUGGAAAGAAAAACAAGAAAAAUUCAGACAGCGAAUGAAAUGGCUGCGGCCGGAUCAUCAGCGGUUAAACUUCAGAUAUGCCGCUGCUAAAUUGACUAUUACCAUUUGCAAUCGGUUCACUUGAUUGGAUGAGCAGUAUUUAUAGCCGAAAUUUUAUAGACCGAUUGAAGGGAAAGACAGAGGUGACUACACUAACGAGAUUCGACAUUCGUUUUUAGUUAUUUCUCUAAACUAUUUUUCAUAGCUAGUUGAAUACUGAAAACCCUCUCUGUAGUGCGAGAUGUUUCAAAUAGAAGAGCCCGCGAGAAUACUUCUACUUUUAUUUAAUGGGAAGUGAGGCUGUUUUUCGCCUUAGUGAUUGGGAAGAGUAAAGCAGUUUUGUACAAGGAUAAACAGACAAUUUUGACACAAACAUUUUACUUAAUAUAAUUUAAUAUUUUCACUUCUAAGUGCGGUAGAAUCCAUUUGGACAUUAAUGUAUUAUUGCCUCUCUCUUCCAAGUAUUUUGGUCAAGUAGGGUUACAGAUUAUCGCUGGACGAAAUCUUUGUACAUACAAGGCUCUCGUCGCUGUAUUUGAAUUUGUGUAAAGCACGUUUCAAUGUAUUUUGUAGCAUAGCUAGUAAAUUUAUCUAAUCAAAUUCAAUUGCGCGA